UCAGUCCUUGAAAAAUAUAAGUUUUGUUGUCCAACAUAAAUAGUAUUAUUUCACAGUUUGUGUCUAACUUUGUAAGCCAUAAGUAAACAAGAUGGUGUCAGACGUAGAGAAAAACGAUGAUUCCACUGAUCAACCAGAAAAUAGGACGACGGCGAGCUCGCUAGAUACGGCUGCAAAGGAUGCUCAACAUAGCACUGUUGUUGCAUCGCAUUAUAAUAAAAUAGAGGACCGUGGAAUAUUCGAGCGGAAGAAAUCGAACAUAUUUUUCAUGCGCAACUUUAAUAAUUGGAUUAAGAGUUGUGUUAUAGACAAGUACAGCUCAUUGGUGAAGAACCAGAUGCGUACAGGAUCGCCAUUUCGUGUGCUUGAUCUUUGUUGCGGUAAAGGAGGUGAUCUUCUUAAGUGGGACAAUUUACAAGUAACUCAUCUAAUAUGCACCGACAUUGCUGCAGUGAGCUUAGAACACUGUGAAUCCCGGUGCAAACAAACGUUUGGCGCGAAGGAAGGGUCCAGACCUGGUCGGAAGGUAGAGUUUUUUACGGCGGAUGCAACGAUACAGCAGCUACGAACGAAGUACCAAGAUCCUUCAAUGAAAUUACAAUUGGUCAGUUGCCAGUUUGCCUUCCACUAUUCGUUCGAGUCGUUUAAGCAAGCGGAUUGCAUGCUCAAGAACGCUGCAGAGUGCUUGCAAGAAGGGUUCUACUUCAUCGGAACGAUUCCGGACGCAAACGAAAUCAUGAAACGCCAGCGCACCGCUAUGUCUGAUUCUUUCGGGAAUGCUAUUUACAACAUAAAGUUUCUCUGCGACACAGACAAGCCACCGUUGUUUGGUGCUAAAUACAACUUUCGAUUGGACGACGUAGUGGACUGCCCGGAGUUUUUGGUUCAUUUUCCAACGCUGGAGAAGCUGGCACUGAGACACGGUUUGCGAUUAGUCGAGAAGAAACGUUUCGAGGAGGUUUUUGAAGAAUGGAAAAGAGACAAACAAUUUUUGCUUGAGAGAAUGCAAGCUCUUGAAACGUAUAACUCACAGGAUGUGAGACAACAGGACGAACAGAUCAAGUCUCUGGAUCAGUAUCAUCACGUUGAAUCUGGAACGUGGAAAAAUGUGUCCGGCGGGCAGCAUUAUAGAGUGGGAACUCUAUCGAAAAAUGAAUGGGAAGCCGCAACUCUAUAUUUAUUUUUUGCAUUUCAAAAGAUGAAAACCAGCUAUGACGCCAACGGUAGACCCGUCUACUCUUGAAGUAUUCUGUAGGAAAUAUUACUUUAAAGAAAAAGGAAACGAAUAAACAUCUAUUGAACCGACAAAUUGUAACUAA